AUGGGUCGAACAUUGACGUAUCCAAAGCGGUCCUCUAACACCGUCAACCGCUAUAACCACAGAGCUACAUAUGAUCUCGGAGCAAUCCAUUCCAUCAUCAAUUCCUCGCAAGUCCUCCAUGUGUCAUUCAGCCCGGGCCCAGAAGACCCUUUCCCCGCUAUUAUACCCAUGAUCGGGCAAAUGGGCUCAUUCGAAUACCCCUCGGCGGAUAUUGACGAGCCCCUGGAAUGUUAUCUACAUGGCUAUGUCAGCUCAAGAAUCAUGAACCUAGCCAGAGGGUCCCAAGAAGGAUUGCCAAUUUGCAUUGCUGCGAGUAAGGUGGACGGGUUGAUAUUGUCAUUGACACCAAACUCGCACAGUUACAAUUAUCGCUCUGCCAUCCUUCACGGAUAUGCCCACCUUGUAACGGAUGAAGCCGAGAAACUUUGGGCAAUGGAGUUGGUCACAAACUCAGUACUCCAGGACCGCUGGAAGCAUUCGCGAGUGCCACCCGAUCGUGCUGAGAUGUCCUCGACGGUUAUUCUCAAAGUCAAAGUGGUUGACGGGAGCGGCAAGAUCCGUGAUGGGGGUGUCUCUGAUGAAAAGAAGGACUAUGCUAACGAGGAAGUGACCAACCGUGUUUGGACCGGAGUUGUCCCCGUCUAUGAGACAUUCGGGGCGCCCAUUCCUAGUGCUCAGAAUAAAGUGGCCGAGGUGCCAGACUAUAUCACUGAUUUCGUUGAGAAUAAGAAUGAUGAAAACCGCACAUAUGCGAAAGAAGCAGCCCAGGUGACUCUUCCCAAGGAGGAACAGCAUUAG